GUUGGAAAAGAAAAAAAAGUGAGCCAGCAGCAGCAGAGUUUCAAAGCGGAGACCAGAGAGAGAGAGAGAGAGAGCAGCGUCCAGGUCUUCUUCGCCAGAAGAGUCUCACUUUAGUAAGUCAAGAACUCUUCACAGAACUGAUGAUAACUCACUAAACAAGUCCACAGCAAGUUAAAGUUGCUGUCCUAAACUUUGGGAAGAUGUUUUUUUCUAUUGCAUUCCUGCUGCCUCUGCUGACAUCAGCCCAGUAUCAAGGGGACAACGGAAUAGUCGUCCCGGAGCAUGGAUUUUGCCAGCCCAUUUCAAUCCCUCUGUGCACGGACAUAGCUUACAACCAGACCAUCAUGCCAAACCUAGUGGGCCACUACAACCAGGAGGACGCAGGACUGGAGGUGCACCAGUUCUACCCUCUGGUAAAGGUACAGUGCUCGCCUGAGUUGAAGUUCUUCCUGUGCUCCAUGUAUGCUCCCGUAUGCACAGUUCUGGAGAAGGCCAUCCCUCCUUGCAGGUCCAUCUGCGAGCGAGCCAAGCAAGGCUGCGAGGCCCUCAUGAACAAGUUCGGCUUCCAGUGGCCGGACCGGCUGCGAUGCGAGAACUUCCCGGUGCUUGGGGACGGUCAGAUCUGUGUGGGCCAGAACGACUCCACCGCCGCCACCGUCCCACCCAUCAUAGCCGUCGCCCCUGGGACACAUGACCAACCGAUGGUCCCCGCACACGACAGGCCUUUCCGUUGCCCGCCGGUUCUCAAAGUGCCCCCGUAUCUGAACUACAAGUUCCUAGAAGAGAAGGACUGUGCAGCUCCCUGCGAGCCCUCUAGGAGUGGUGGGUACAUGUUUUUCACAGACAAAGAGAUUCACUUCUCCCGCAUAUGGAUUCUGGUCUGGUCGGUGCUUUGUUGUGCGUCUACGUUAUUCACGGUGACCACCUAUUUAGUCGACAUGCAGCGCUUCCGAUACCCCGAGCGGCCGAUCAUCUUCCUGUCCGGCUGCUACACCAUGGUCUCCGUCGCCUACAUAGCCGGCUACUUCCUGGGAGACAAAGUGGUGUGCAACGACAGCUUCACUCCAGAGGCCUAUAAAACCAUCGUCCAAGGCACCAAAAAGGAAGGCUGCACAAUCCUCUUCAUGAUGCUCUACUUCUUCAGCAUGGCCAGCUCCAUCUGGUGGGUCAUCCUGUCGCUCACCUGGUUCCUGGCCGCGGGUAUGAAGUGGGGCCACGAGGCCAUCGAGGCCAACUCGCAGUACUUCCACCUGGCGGCCUGGGCGGUGCCGGCCGUCAAGACCAUCAGCAUCCUCGCCAUCGGGCAGAUCGAAGGCGACGUGCUCAGCGGCGUCUGCUUCGUCAGCCUGAGCAGCCUGGACCCUCUGCGGGGCUUCGUGUUGGCCCCUCUCUUCAUCUACCUCUUCAUCGGCACCUCUUUCUUGCUGGCCGGCUUCGUGUCGCUGUUCCGGAUCCGCACCAUCAUGAAGCACGACGGCACCAAGACGGAGAAGCUGGAGCGGCUGAUGGUGCGGAUCGGGGUGUUCAGCGUGCUCUACACCGUCCCCGCCACCAUCGUCAUCGCCUGCGUCUUCUACGAGCAGGCCUUCCGCCCGCACUGGGAGCGCAGCUGGGUCAGCCACAACUGCAGGAGCCUCGCCAUCCCGUGCCCGAUGCAGACGGGGCCCCGCAUGACGCCGGACUUCACCGUCUACAUGAUCAAGUACCUGAUGACGCUGAUAGUGGGGAUCACCUCUGGGUUCUGGAUCUGGUCUGGAAAGACUCUACAGUCCUGGCACAAGUUUUACACCAGGCUGACAAACGGCAAACACGGAGAGACCACGGUGUAGAACGACAUCUGAAUGGACUAAUGUGUGUGUUAUUACCUGUUUCUAGGUAAGUAGCACAGUGAGGAAGCUAUGUAGGUUUCUCACAACAUUUGUAUUCGCCUCAGCUUUAUAGCCACACAUGCAUGCCAAAGUGAGGGUCAGGGGUUUGACAAAAGGGCAAGCUGGAUAAACAAGGACUGAGCCUGACCGUCUGAACAAAUAACAAGCAUGGCUAUGGAUGCCAUGUGCUGAAAUGCUCUCCCUCCCCCCCUCUCUCUCUCUCUCUCUUAAAGCCACCAUAAGGGCUAGUGAUGAUCCAGCAGCAGCGGGGGGAAGAAUGGCGGCUCUCUGUAAACAUUACAUGAAAUUGUAAAUAGCAUUUUGUAAAAACAUGAAAUUAUAUAUUUGUAUUUAUAGAAAGUAAAUACUUUUCCUUAUCUGCCACCUCUGCUUUACUUUUGCACUGUAAGAAUGCCACAUACCGUAGAUCUAGACAUGCAUCCUUUUUUUAUUAACUGCUGGUUAUGAAUUGUUUUUGUAUGGAUUAAAAGAACAUUUCAUUCAUGAUA